AUGGCUGGUAAUGAACGUGCGAAACGAGAUUCAACAGAUCGAAGUACUUUGAAUAAAAUAUUUAAUGAUUUAGAACGUAGUGAUAAAACAGAUAAUGAACAAUUAGAAGAUAAAGCAUUACAAGAAUUUCAAACAAAAUUUAGCAGUAAAGCUAAAUUUUCAAGUAAUGCCGAACAUAGACAAUUCUUAAAUAUUUUACGAUUUAUUAUAAAGAAAAAAAUACUUAAUGCUACAAAAAAAUUGUGUUCAGUAUCCGUAUUUUAUUGUUUACGAAUAUUAUUACGUGAUGCUGAAUAUCAACUUGUUUUUGUUCAAGAAAAUGGAAUUGCCGGUUUAAAAACUCAAAUGGAUUUAUAUUUUCAUAAUCAUUCUACAGAUCUCUGUGAUAGUAAUAAUGAAUCAGCAUAUACAGCUUGUAAAGUAUUUGGACAUAUGCUUAAUAUUCUUCUUAAACUAAUAAUGCAUACACCGGAUCAUAUCGAACGUGAAUAUGUGAUAUCAAGUGAAAUACUUGAAUCAAUAACACGUCUUUUGAAUAAUACACAAGAUUUAACAAUUUUACAAGAUAUAUUAAGAUUAUUAAUGAAUAUGAUUGAUCAAACAGAAUUAUAUGUUAAAGAAAUAGUUAAAUCAGAUACCAUUGAUUGUUUAUUACAGAUACUUUUAUAUAAAGAUCUGGAAACAAAACAACUUGCUUUACAACUUAUGGCAAACUUUCUUGGUCAUCCAGAAGGACGUGAAUGUAUUCCACGAGUACCCAAUGAUUUUCUUGAUGCUUUCACUAGUCAUUUAAGUCGUAAUAAUGUCAAAGUUCUUGAUCAUACAAUCUGGUGUUUAACUCAUUGUGCUGAAAAUGAAGACAAUCGAAGACGUAUUCGUAUAACAGGAGCCAUACCAUUAUUAUUAUCACUUCUUGAAAAUGAAAAUCGUUUUUUUGAUUUUUCACUACCAUCAGCAACUGUUAAUCAAAGACAAACUGGACAAAGCUCAAAAAGACAUACAAGAGAAGAUGCAGAGGUUAUGUCUCGUCGUGAUCAACUGUUCGAUAUGCAAUCUGCUUGUUGUACAUGUUUAGCUGAACUAUCAUUUGAUUAUACUAAUAGUCAAACAAUUAUUGAACGAAAUGGAAUUUAUAUCUUAGCCGUACUUCUUUUUCCUGAAAAUGAUGAUUUUCAACGAUUAGAAAAAUUCAAUCAUCUUCAACGUAAUGUAUUUCGAACAUUAAGAUAUUUAUUUUCAUUAAAUAAAAAUCGUGAUCAAUAUCGAAGAUUGUUUCCAGCAUCAAUAUUUGAAUUAUUUGUUGGUCUUGGUAAUUUUCAACGUGAUUUAAAUGCAUAUAAAAUAAUAACUGAUGCAUGGAAUACAAUUCAUAUUGAUGAAUUAACAAAAAUUAAACUUGAACGUCUUCAAUCACUCAAUCCAAAACAAGAACCAACAAGAUAUAUACGUGAUUAUGGUGUUUAUGAAUGUCUCGGUUCAGGAGCAUUUGGUUCAGUUUAUCGUGUAGCUAGACGUGGAACAUCAACAAUGUGUGCACUUAAAGAAAUUGAUAAUCGUUCCUUACGAACUGAUAGUGAUCGUAGUAUAGGACAAAAAAUAAAUGAAGUCAGAAUAAUUCGUGAAGAACUUCGUCAUCCAAAUAUUGUUAGUUAUUAUCGAAUAUUUGCUGAAAAUGAUAAAUUAUAUAUUGUUAUGGAAUUAAUAGCUGGAUCAUCUUUACAAGAUUAUUUAUCAUUAUUAAAAGAAACAAAUAGAAAAAUGAUCGAAGAAAAUAUUUGGAAAGUUUUAAUACAACUGAUACUUGCAUUAAGAUAUUUACAUAAAGAAAAAGGAAUUGUUCAUCGUGAUUUAACCGCUAAUAAUAUUAUGUUAGAUGAUGAAUAUAGAGUUAAAAUUACUGAUUUUGGUUUGGCUAAAUUACGUGAUAAUGAUUGUAGUAAAAUGACAUCGGUUGUUGGUACAUUAUAUUAUGCUUGUCCAGAAAUUGUUCAACAUAUGCCAUAUAACGAAAAAGCUGAUAUUUGGAGUUUAGGUUGUGUACUUUAUCAUAUGUCUACAUUAGUUCCACCAUUUUAUACAUCAAAUAUUCUUCAACUUGCUGGUAAAAUUUGUGCAAGUGAUUAUGAUCAAACACCAUUAAAACAUUAUUCUGAUCG